GUUGCAGAAAACGCGCCGUGUUCGUCUCUGUCUUCGACGUACGUAAGCGCUGUUGAUCGUCAAUCCUACCGUUUGUCGUCAGGUGACCGUCUACAACGUUCAUUGCUGUCCCACACGCUUUUACACGCUUUCGAUCAGCACUAACGGAUUGCUUGUUUUGAGACGUAAGAUUGCCCGCCAUGACAUGUAGGCCUACAUCUCAGCAGGAUGAAUACCAUCCAUGUAUUUCAGACAACAUGGUGGAACUUGUUCAAAAGUUGUGUGUGUCUAUAUCUACUAGACUAGACCAUUUACUCUCAUGCCUUGUUACUAUGAAAGAACAUUAUAGACUGACAAUACAAGGGAAAUGAUGUUGUUGAUCAAUUUCAUGAAGUUCUUAAGGCUGUAGAUUCUGCAGUAUAUUGUGAGGAAGCUUUGUAUCAGCUCUCUCACUCAGGAAGCAAGUAGACAUCGUCUUCUCGGUGAUUUCUUCCCAGCAAGCCAAUGAGUAUGUUUCCAGCAUUCUGUAACUUUCUUCACAGUGUGGGCCAAUCGGAUGUUGGUGUAAUGCUAGAGGGGAAUGUUGUACAUCACAAUCCUUUGUUACAAGAGGCAAAACAUUAACAAAAUGGCAGUUUAUUAGAGAAAGGAGAGACAUUGACAAUUCAAGUGGCUCAACUGGAAAGAGAAAACAGCAGCUUGUAAGCAAACUGAACGAGAAAGGAAAUGAACUCUUGUAGAAAGGCUACAUGCUGAUGCUGGAGAGUGGACUAAUUUGGCUCUGCGAUGUGACGAACCACGGAUGCAGAUCAGUGACAGCCUGCAUGCCAUCAUAGACACAGUGGAAUGUACACAUGCCUCUUGGGAUCCAUAUAACAGAAUGGAAGACAUUGAAGGCAGACUAGUGGUAGGAGAUGCUGAUGGUAAGCUGACAAAUGACGGUUUCUCACAGUUCUACCAGUUGGAUCUUGCCCUCCCGGAGAAGAGGGCAUGGGUAUGAGGCAACUCUGGCAUGUAAUGCCACAACACUCAAGGAACUUGUAAAUAAUUAAUUAAUUAACCAAGUGAUCCCAUUUUGUGGGAAUUAUUCAGGAAAGGGAAUUUUAUUUCAAAGUGCCUGUAUAGUAGUGAAUUAUUUGAGUAGGAAAUUUAAUCAGGAAGAAAAUUAUGUGGAGAAAUACGGUUUAUCUCACUAACUGGGAAGCUACUAAAGCAGUCCAGCUCUUCACAAACAAACAUGGUCACGUGCACGUAAUGUGAUGAGGCAUUUUACCCGCAAUCUCAAACGAUAUGAGAAGCUCCGUCAAUUGUAAUACAUCAGUCCUACACCAAGCAACGUUUACAGAAGUUCGAGGUUUUGUCUCUACCGUCUCACUACACGUUCAUGCACACAACUCUCUUCUAGCAACAAUUAUCUCUGAGAGAAACCUUAAGUUAAGAGAUCUCUAGAAUCCUCUAAUUGCAGGUAAUUCUAGGCGCGAAUAUGAUGGCUGACAUGGUAUCUCGUGCGAGAGCGUGUUUUCAACGUGGAGAGAGUCAGCUGCGACAGAAGUCGUAUUUCGAUGCCGAAGUGUCGUUUCGCGAAGCGCUGAAAGAAUGGGCUGAAGUAGACUAUCCUGCCAGUAACGAGAAAGCGUCAACUCUGCACGGACUGGGGUUGGUUGCAAUGCAACAGAGUCGAUUCUCGACCGCAGAGGCAUAUCUCAGCGAUUCUCUGAGCGUUCAUCGCAGAUUGAAGCCGCCAAACAACCCGGAAACGCUGUCGAUCCUUCAAGCAUUGGGUGCUUGUCUACUUGGGCAAGGCAAGUUGGCAAGAGGCAAGAAAGUACUUCAAGAGUGUAUCGAUCUCUCCAGCGAAUCAACUAUCCAGCAGAAACUUCAGAAAGCCGGAACCACAUACGAACUCGGACGAUGUCUCCUUCUACAUGGAAACUACAGUCAUGCAGAAGAGAAAUUCGUCAAGGCAUUAGACUUGUUUGAAAAAGCUCCGAACGACAUUGACUAUCUAAACAACAGAACCAUGUGCCUCAACAGUCUCGCCGAGUGCACAUUCCAACAGUUCAAGAUUAGAGAAGCCGUGUCGCUUUCACAAAAGGCACUGGUCACGGUCUCAAAGAUGUUAUCAUCGCCGAGCGAGAUGAAACCAACAACAUGUUGUCUGUUGGCUCUGUGCCUCCAAGUGAGUUGUGCUCCAUCACCCGAAGUGGAGAAACUGCUUCGUCAGACACAAGAACUCACCAAAUUUGUAGGACACAUUGAUACAAAGGCUCUCAUAUUGAGUGUCGUUGGAGAGAUCAAGACACUACAAGGCAACUACGACGACGCAUCUCAAAUGCUUCAGGAUUCUUUAUCGUGCAUCGAGAACGUCGAGUUUGUCGACCUAGAAAGAGUAUCAGUUACCUGUCGACUUGCCGAAUGUCUCGUCGAUCAGGGAAAGCAUCAAGAGGCAUGCAAACUGCUUGAAAACUCAAAGGAAAGAAACAGAGAUGCUUUGAGCGACGAGCAUCCACUGAUGGGCAGAGUGUUGCUUUGUCAUGGUAAAGCUUGUUGCGAUGGAGAGAAAUGGGAAGAAGCUGAAGUGCUCUUACAGUCGGCUUUUUGUGUGUUGAGAAAAUGUUUGCCUAAUCAUCCUCGGACAUGUGAAGCAAUGAGUGAGCUCAGCUAUUGCCUGAAGAUGAGAGGGAAGAAUAGUGAGGCAGCUGAUGUACUGGCAAAAGGCUGGAUUGGGUCAGAUGAUGAUAAAGAUCCCAUGGUCAAUUUGGCUUAUCUCAGUGACAACAAUUUACUCUCACCAACUGCCCGCUCGGCACAGCAAAUAGAUCAACUGCUCGCAGAGGUUGACACAAUCAGAAAAGAAAAGAAAAUCCUACAGACGGAGACCGAAAAGUUGAAACAAGCUCUAACGGCUGCAUCUCAACAGAGAGUCACUCCAGCAACGAGUGCACACUCAAACAAUGCACAAGCCUCGGACAAGGUCACUGGCAAUAAGAAGUACAAACAGCAGGAUGUGAAUGUGGUUCAGCCGAAGUAUCUGAGGGUGUUCAAACGACUUGGACAAGGAGCAUUUGGAGAGACUCACGUCGCUCAUUUCCACGGCUCGCCCGUGGCACUAAAGACAUACACUAAAAUUCUCAUCAACCGACAAACAACUUCCACAAUCAGAGACCAUUUCCUAGACCUACAAAGCAUGCACCAUCCCAACAUCACCAACAUUUACGGUGCAACCAUAAACGACGGUCUCCCAGUACAACUAGUCAUGGAGCUCAUGGAGGGAAGUCUGAAAUCAGUGAUCAACGCUGCAUCCACUAGUCGUCUCUAUCUCACACUAAGAGAGCAAAUCGACAUCUCAGUUGACUGUCUGUCCGGCUUGGAUUACUUACACAACCGAAUCCCAAAUGCUUUAGUACACGGUGACGUAUGCCUUUCGAAUGUCCUAGUCACCAGCACCAUGAAAGCCAAACUGAGCGACAUCGGACAGUCGCGUUUCAUAGCAAGUCUCGUGUCCAUAAAUCACAGCAACAGUGAGCACAACGCUCACCCAAAGAUGUCACUGUCUCAGAGUCCUGCCAGUAGCAGCACCAAAGCCGUUGAUAUCUACAAUCUUGGAACCGCAUUAGUCGAGCUGUUUACACCAACACACAAUCUGGUGACUGACUCUUGUGUAUCUCUGAAUGCCAUCGAGCGUGAUGACUUGAGACGUUUGUGUGCACAAAUGAUCGCCGACGAAGCGAGUGAUCGGAUCGACAGUCGAACGGCACUGCUGGUUGUUGAGAGCACACAGUCAGGUGAUGAGUACAACGAAUGUCCUCCCAAGAGGAUGGUGAAGGGAACAAUUCAUGGCGGACAGUUGAUGCUCGUUGACAAGCCUUGGUGACCGUCAGUAGCAGACAAAUUUCAUAAAUUGUUGUAGGAUUCGUAGGCUCUGAACUUGGUCAUUGAUUUCAAUGUUUUAAUGAGUGUUUGAUAUAGCGUAUGGUCUGGUUGCUGCUGUUGCAUUGUAUGGACAGAAUGAUUAGUUGUGAUGUGUAAGCUUAGAGGUGCCCGAUUAGUCACGUGAUGCUGUCGUUCUGCUGAAGUAGAAAGGCAUUGACAUGAUAUGAUGUAUUAGUCGAGUUGGUAAUAAAUGCAGUUGUCGUUGUUGAUUACGGA